AUGCCUGUGUGGAAAUCCACCGGUCAUGUCGUGAAGACCGCCUCCGGGCCAGCAACUCACUACGACAUCACGACCGGCAACCCUUUGCCGACCAUUUCCGGCGGAAGCUCUGGGAACGGUUCAUUCGUCGAUCUGAGCGGCGAUACCGAGGGCGUAGUGGAGUACGCCUUCAGCAGCGACAGCGACACCGAUACGAGCAAGGACGAUCAAUCGAGCACUUCCCCACCAGGAGAGCAGGACCUGAUACUGAACCCAGGUCCGGGACAUCAGUCGCUUGCAUCGUCGGUUCAUCUCAGUGCUCCGGCCAACACCAGGGUGGGUUCGACGGUGAUUACCAACCAGUCUCCGGGGCACCAAGAUUCUCAUCCAACGUCCGAUGUUGAACCACUCCCUAUCCUAGGAUCAAAAGCACAGGAGAAGACGUAUCAAGCUGCCAUGCCAACACCUCUGGACCCAUCCAACUUCUUCUCCCACCUCGACGGCAUGAAGGGGUUCGAUCACUCCAGUACCAAGCAAAAGCAGCGCUGGUCGCGCCAAGGAGACCUUUCCUUCAAUCCUUCCACGAAGUUCUUCUGCCAGCCGCCGGCUGUCCUGCAGCGCGGUCCCGUGUUGAGAGAUCAGUACAUCCCUGGGAUGUUCUCCGUACAAGCACUUGCUAGUGGAGGCCCAUCGACUACCAACCAAGCGCAGCAAGGUGUGAUGCCCGAGGACCAACAAAUUCAGCCGAGCCCACCAUUGAGGUAA